CACGCUAUUUUUGCGACGCGGCAGUCAGUCGUACUGCUCGUACCAUCGGUUUGUGGUGUUUGGGACCGGGCCUUCCGUAAAAUGGCUUCUGCAAGACUAUUUCGCUGUUCUACUGCUCUUCUCAAAAAUACUCCGAAGAAAAUAUACCUGCGACGGCGUCUGCAUCAGUUGGCAACAACCACCUUCAGCCAGUCCCUACUCAAUGUCCCAGAGACACGGGUAACAACCUUGGAUAACGGCAUCCGUGUUGCAACAGAAGACUCUGGAAACCCUACUUGCACUGUGGGACUGUGGAUUGAUGCUGGCAGCCGCUAUGAAACAGACUCUACCAAUGGUGUGGCACACUUCCUCGAGCACAUGGCCUUUAAGGGUACAGCAAAGCGCUCGCAGACCGAUCUUGAACUGGAAGUAGAGAACAUGGGGGCACACCUGAAUGCCUACACUUCGAGGGAGCAGACAGUCUACUAUGCAAAAUGCCUCUCCAAGGAUGUCUCACACGCUGUGGACAUUCUGUCCGACAUCCUACAGAACAGCAAAUUUGGAGAGCAGGAAAUCGAACGCGAACGUGGUGUGAUCCUUCGUGAGAUGCAGGAAGUGGAGACAAACCUCCAAGAGGUGGUGUUUGACCAUCUGCAUUCUGUAGCCUACCAGGGUACUCCACUGGGGUACACUAUUCUUGGUCCCACCGAAAACAUCAAGAGCAUCACCAGGCAGAACCUGCUGGACUACAUCUCCUUGCACUACAAGGGCCCUCGUAUGGUUCUCGCUGCUGCAGGGGGAGUGGAUCACGACCAGUUGGUGAAGUUGGCCCAGCAACACCUGGGAGGCAUCCGCACAGACUACGAUUCCCAGGUGCCACCCCUUACCCUGCCCUGUCGCUUCACAGGCAGUGAGGUGCGCGUGCGGGAUGAUGAUAUGCCGCAGGCACAUGUCGCCAUUGCAGUAGAGAGCUGUGGCUGGGCCGACCAAGACAACAUCCCGCUCAUGGUGGCCAACACGCUGAUUGGCAACUGGGAUCGGUCCCACGGUGGAGGAAGCAAUGUUUCAAGCCGUUUGGCAGAGCAGCUGGUGAAAGACACACAGGGCACGUGCCACAGCUUCCAGUCCUUCAACACCUGCUACAAGGACACUGGACUCUGGGGAAUAUACUUUGUUUCCGAAGGCACAGACCGAAUGGAUGAUGUUGUGCACCUGAUCCAGGGUGAAUGGAUGCGCAUCUGCUCAAGUGCAACUGAAGCAGAGGUGACAAGGGCUAAGAACUUGCUCAAGACAAACAUGCUGCUGCAACUGGAUGGUACAACACCUGUGUGUGAGGACAUUGGCAGACAGAUGCUGUGCUACGGCCGAAGAAUCCCUUUGCCUGAACUGGAGGCCCGAAUUGAUGCUGUGUCUGCCAAGACUGUCAGAGAUGUCUGCACUAAUUACAUCUACGACCACUGCCCAGCUGUGGCAGGAGUGGGGCCAGUAGAAGCACUGACAGACUACGCGCGGGUGCGCAGCAACAUGUACCAGCUCAGAAUCUAAGAGCUCUGUAUAGUGUGUAAUAAAUAUGUCUUAGGGUGUUCCCGUGAUAA